CCGAGCCGGAGUACAGGGAAACUACGGCACUUAAAGGAAACCUCAAUGCCACAGGAUUUACCCCUUCGCCAACUUUUCCUGGGAUUAAUCGAGCGAUUCUUGUGAAAAUAAGGACACCCGAGGAUGCUGGUGACAGAUGCGGCGUGAUUUUGGAGCAGUUGUUGUGGGAGAUUCUUAGAAUGUUAUGGAGCUAGCGCGCUAGCCCUGCUGUCGUCUGCUAAACAUGGUGGCCACUGGACGAAAAUGUAGAGAGGGUUUUUAAAUAUUCAAGAAAUGUUGUUGCCACUUGCGGAAUUGUUUAUAUAGGAUGCGUUCGUUGUCUUCUUUGUGAUAUGUUUAUGGAUUCUUACGACGCAAAAAAUAGGUUCAUUCAUGUUCUAAAGCAUUAGCUAACGGGUGCAAGCUCGUGCGAACCCCGCUUUAAAAGUUACUGCCAAGUUUGUCCAUCGUUUAUGUCCGAACGACCAGUAGUCCAUGUUUGCGUUCGGAUACGUCCAGGUCCCGUCAAAUCAAAGCAGUGUUUUUACCUUAUCUCGCAACAGUGUUUCAUGUGUCAUCCUUUGCAACAUUGUAACAUUUCGACUAGCCGUGAUGCCUGGAAGCCUCGAUGUGGCUGAGGUAGCCUAGCCUAUGGUGGGAGGAAGGCGCAGGUGCAUUGGAAAAGUUAUAAUGGAAACUGUUCCGUUACUGUUGGUGUCUUCAGAUGGAAAAUCAUUGGAUACAUUUUAUCACAUCGUAUCACGGAGAACAUGCAACGUGUAGAGUCUUUAAGAAACGAAAAGGGUCUAACUGUACGGCUGCAUGGGCCGUAUGCAUCAGACACGACGAAUGCUUGAGAAUGAAUGCGUUGAAAAUCAAACCGCUCGUCUCAUGAACUAAUUCAUGGCACUGACGACCAAGGCUGCUUUCAACAUAUGCAUUAGAUUUAUUACAAAACAGGAGACCACUGGACUUCCACUUAUUCUAACACACGUCCCGAGGAAAUUACAUGGAGACUAGUUUGACAUGCCCAGGAAGGAGUUACCGCUGCCGGAGGGUUGGGAAGAGGCCCGAGACUUUGACGGAAAAGUCUACUACAUUGACCACAUCAAUCACACGACAAGCUGGAUCGACCCGAGAGACAGGCAGACCAAGCCUCUGUCGUUUGCGGACUGCAUCGGGGACGAGCUGCCGGUGGGAUGGGAGGAGGUGUACGACCCAAACGUGGGCGCCUACUAUGUGGACCACAAUACCAAGAGCACGCAGCUGGAGGACCCGCGUGUGCAGUGGCAGCGCGAGCAGCAGCACAUGCUGGAGGACUACCUGGAGGUGGCGCAAGAGGCCCUGAGCGCCCAGCGCCAGAUCUACCAGGUCAAGGAGCAGCGGCUGGAGCUCGCCCAGCACGACUACCAGCAGCUGCACCAGUCCUGGAGGGACAAGUCCACCUCCCAGACCAGCCUAAAUUCCAGAUCUUCCUCCAGCAGCAAGUAUGACCCAGAAAUCCUCAAAGCUGAGAUAGUGACGGCCAAAAGUAGGGUGACUAAGUUAAAGAGGGACUUGGCCUUCAUGCGGCAGGAGCUCCAGUAUAAGGAGCAGGGAUUCGAGACGCUCAAGGAGAUCAACCAGAAGGUGUCCAGCAGCGCGGUGUAUGGCUUUAAGCCACAGGAGGCGCAGGCUAUCCUGAGGGAGGUGAAGAGCAUCAGGGAGGCCAUCAGCUCUGGGGAGAAGGAGAAGCAGGAGCUCAUGCAGAAACUGGCUGCAUUGAAAGAUGGCUUCCAGCUGGAGGCGGGCUCUCAGUCAGAUCUGUGGGCCAGCAGCACGUCAUUGGCCAACUCCAACCUGUCAAUCCCACGCCUCUAUUCCGAUGCCCAAUCCCAGACAGACAUCCCCGCUGAGUUUGUAUCAAACAGUAAUAAGCUGGCUGAGAAGGUGCGUCUGAGUCUGAAGUAUGAAGAAGCUAAGAGGAGGAUUGCGACGAUCGAGGUGCAGAUAGCGAAGCUGGACAGCGAGGCGUGGCCGGGGCUGCUGGACCCCGAGCGGGACCGCCUGAUCCUGAUCAGCGAGAAGGAGGAGCUGCUGAAGGAGCUGCAGUACGUGCGGCCCAGUCCGCACACGCCCAGCGACGCACAGCGCCUGGAGACCGAGCGACGACGCCUGGAGAAGGACCUGCAGGCCGCACGCAGCAACCAGAGCAAGGCGCUCACCGAGAGGUUAAAACUGCACUGCAAGAGGAACAAGCUGGUGAAGGAGUUGGAGGAGACGGUGCGCUUGGCGUCCUCACUACACACUCAGCUGAAGAGUCUAUCAGAGAGCACUCUCUCGUGUUCGUCGGGCAGCAGCCGUGGUUCCCUGGCGUCCAGCCGCGGUUCCCUAGCAACCACGUCCAGCCUGGGCUCUGCGUCGUCGCUGAGCUACACGGACAUCUACCUGGAGCAGCCGGAACUCUCCGACCCGGACUUCCAGAGCAAGCUGGAACAGCUGCUGGCCGGCACCGCUACCGGCUCCACCGCCCCCGGGUCAGGGUUCAGGCCGUCCGGCUCCAUCACCACCAUCCACGAGAAUGAGGUGUCGGAGGCGGGCCCUGGGGUGAUUGGCGGGUCGGGGGCGGGUCCGGGUCUGGGCUGGCGUGCGCAGGCCCUGCGUGUGUCUGAGACGCCGCGCUCCAUGACCUCGCUGUCCCCGCGCUCCUCGCUGUCCUCGCUCUCGCCGCCCUGUUCGCCGCUCGUCACCGACGCCUCCUUCCUGCCCGGCGAGGCCUUCGCCACCGCCCACAAUGCACUGGGGCUGGACGCCGAGCUGCAGAACCGAUUGGCCGAGCUGAGGCUGCUGGACAAGACGGACGAGCAGACGCACACGCAGGAGGAGCCCCGCGCAGCGGGAGCGGACCAGGCCAAGGAGGUUAUUGCUCAAUCCAGGGGGGCGGGUCUUGGGCCCAAAAAGGCGGGCGUGACCUCAGCAGUGUCUGACGAAUCAGUGGCAGGAGACAGCGGCGUCUACGAGCCCUCGGACAAGAAGCCGGGUGUACCUGCGGAGCUGCUGAGCUACGAGGAGAGCGUGGCGCUGGGCUGCUCCCAGAUCAGUCUGGGCCUGAAGCACGAGGCCAAGGAGCAGCGCUUCACCAUCUCAGUGCUGCACAUGGCCAACUGCUCCACUCUCCCUCUGCCUGCUGAACAGAACCUGUACGUGCGGGUGGCUGUCCUGCCAUGUUCGGAGGCCACGCGCUGUCUGUUCCGCACCUCCGGAGUCGCCCCGCAGGACACUGUCCAGUUCAACGAGGUCUUCGGCAUGGACAUGACCCACAAUGCACUGCGGCAGAAGACGCUCCGUGUGGACGUGUGUGUCACCAGCAGCUCUGGACGAGAGCACUGUCUGGCGGGGGCCCAGAUCAGUCUGGCUGAUGUGGGGUCGUCAGGGGAACGGCAGGUGAAGUGGUAUAACCUGCUGAAUCACGCCCACAUGUCCAGCAUCGACAGGAAGGAGCCCACGCCACACACACAGCAGACAGCACUGCCUGGUACUCCACAGAGACCUGCUACAGCCCAGCAAGACUGGCCCGUGAUGGAUGGCUUUGAGGACGAGGAAGGCAGCGACGCUGAGGGGGAGGAGUUCUACCCUGACAGCGGCCAAUGGGAGGCCGAGGAGGAGGAAGAGUCGGCAGCAGCGCCCAACCUGACACGCCCCCCACCCCCCAUAGCCGAGAAGGUGAAUAAGGAGACCAGCAUGGAUGGUAUGCGCCACCGCCCCCCCUCCUCGUCCUCCUCAGUGGUACGGCCCAAAGAGCGGCGGCAGGAGCUGCAGCAGCAGAACCCCUUUGUGCGGGGCAACACCAUCAUCCGCUCCAAAACCUUCUCCCCGGGACCGCAGAGCCAGUACAUCUGCAGGAUUAACCGCAGUGACAGUGACAGCUCCACACUGUCUAAGAAAUCCCCCUUUGUGAGGAACGCUUCAGAGAGACGCAGUGUUCGGAUGAAGAAGCCCCCCCUGGUGGUGCGUGGGCUGGAGCACACGGCGCUGGACCUGGAGCUGGAUCUGCAGGUGGUGCGGACGCGGCACGUUCGGCUGAGUCAGGAGCUGCACGUGCUGCGGGAGCUCAAGCAGCAGCUGGAGACGGCCAGGCAGCAGGGCCAGCAGCAGCUACCGGCCUGGGUCCAGCAUGACGAGCGCUUCCACACACUCCUCAGACAGGCCGAGAGACAGACGGCGGAGGAGGUGCUGCAGGAGCAGCGUGUUGAGAGGAUGAUGCGUGUGGCUGCCAAGGACGUGCACAAGAUCAGAGGCCAGAGCAGGAAGGAGACGCCCGAGAUGCAGACCUUCAGAGAGAAGAUGGCGUUCUUCACACGGGCCAAGAUAAACGUUCCCGACCUGCCAUCCGACGACGUGUAGCCGGAGCGCUCCAGUAUUCCCCGAGUCCUCCCCCUGCUGUUUCCAUGGAAACGCGGGCCGGCAGGGCCUCUGGUGGUGAAGUGAAGUGUGUGUGAGAGAUGACGUCCGUGGAGCUGGAAGCAGAUCGGCUCUCCUCUGUAGCUCGCAGACUUGCAAAUCCACAUAGGUUCCUUUUUUUUAUUUAAAAUUAGUAACAAGAUUUUUUUUUUUUUUUACAGUGUGUAGCAUUGUUUUCUGUUACUAAUGCGUGUGUAUUUUGGUAUUCUGUCAUAGGGUUAUGUUGUGUUAGGAUACACACUUGUCGCGCUCACUCACACACACACACACACCUGUCCUUUGACGUGUAGGAACACCAAGUACUGCUCCCUGAGACAAGGGGCAAUGCUACUUUAAACACAGACAGACAGACACACACAUACACUCACACACACUCUCACACACACGUGAGGUACUGGCAGUAGGACAGCGUUCCCAUUAAGCACAAGUUUGGCUGUUGCUACCUCCCUCCUCUCCGACCACACACACACACACACAACACACACACACACACACACACACACACACACACACACACACAUACACACACAUGAGGGGAAGCCUGAAUUGAUGCUAACGUUAGCCAUGGCCGGAUGAGUAGCAUCCACCAUUUGGCUCUGAUAGCUGUGCCGAAUGUGCCCCCCCAGCCCCCCACCCCCCCUCUGAGACUCUAUCUGACAAUGACAUUCAUGUGUACAGUCAUGGAUGACCUUUGACACUUGACCUCUUGACCUCUGCACUCUCUCCCCGGGGUAUCCGUUAGUAGCAUCCACUAGACUGCACUUGCUCACGCACGCUCUCAGGUAGGAUAUGGGAUAGUUCAUGCACUUUAAAAAAGGAAUCCAGAGGUAGAUAGGGAGAGAGAGAGAGAGAGAGAAGGAUGGGGCGGGUUGAGAAUCAUUCUUAGAACACUAUGAACAAUAGCACCAUGGCGAUGUAUCUUAUGUGACCUUUGACCUUUUUUUAACUGGCUAGAUUGGUAGUCACCCUUCUGCAAAAGAAGAGAUCCGUGUGUGUCCGUGAGGAGAUAUGAUUGAUUUAGAAUUUGAAAUUAUUUGAAGAUUAAUGGAGAAUUCCAAGCACCUGCAGCGUAAUCGGUUUCCUUUAGUCCUUGAGAGCUAGUAGUUCCUGUCGCUCCUGCCUACUUUCCUUGCUCCUGUUUCUCAGACACACACACACACACACACACACACACCCGCACACACCCGCACACUCACAUACAGGCGUGGGGGUGAGUGGAGAGAAUGGUACUUCAUUUCAGUUUGGACGGUCAGACAGCAUCUGUGUGAGGGAUGUGUGGUCCAUCUGGGGAACACACACACACACACACACACACACACACACACACACACACACACACACACACACACACACACACACACACACACACACAGAUGACUGCUUUUUGGAGGGGCUGGAUAUGUGAAGGCGGGGUGCCAUCUGUGAAUGCUUCUGUAAGUAAUGUGUGUGUGUUCAUGCUUUUGUUGGAGAGAGUGUGUGUGGACCUACAGUGUGAAAUAGCAUGUGUGUCUGUGCAGGGUGAGGUGUGAGAGUGUGAGAGAGAGAUAGACAGAGUCCUGCUAAUGCGAUGCUAAUGUGUGUGAAAUAAUAGAUGUUGAGUUGCCAUUGCUCUGCUCCCAGACCACAGGGGUACACACACACACACACACACACACACACACACACACAGGGCUCCCUUCUCCUCCCUUACGCUGGCACCCUGGUCCGCUCCCGUCUCGGCUGGCCUUUGGGCUGCGAGGUUGAAUUAUGUAUGGAAUACACACACACUCUCUCACACACACACACACACACACACACACACACACACACACGCUCCCUCUCAUACACACUCAGCUUACUUUCUCAUCCUACAUACGCACACACAGUGUCUUCCUCACACACACACACACACACACAGCUACAGGGAGCCAUCUGGCUUUGAAGGAGACUGCUGUAUGUCUGUGCUGUAUGUCUGUGCAGUGUUGAUUUGCUUCAGUCUGAAGAGAUCUUCAUUUCUCAAAAGAUUAACUCCACGACACACACAUGCUACUGCGGUGCAUUCUAAAUCAGAAUGCAGGAUAUACGCUUUAAUUGGCUGCUUUGUAUAUUUUAUUGGAGAGAGAUGUUUUUCACUUCUGUGUAUGCGGUAAAUGUGGUUUGCAUACUGUAAACAAGUGAAGUCCUCUCGUAAUCUCAUAUCAGACGGAAGUUCAAACAGCUGAGCUUCGACGAGAUUAAAAGAAGUCUUUAGAUUCCCAGACUGGCGUAUAAAUAAGUUAAGAACUGCGCUCAGCUCCACUACAUACUGUACAUAUCCCCUGCGCUCCAGCACAAACUGAGCAACUCUUUACACGCUUACACUAAAUCAAAGUGUGUAAGUGUGUGUAAAUGAGACUGCACUCCUACUUCACAUCACCCUAGUCAGACACACACACACACACAGAGAGAGCCUUAACAGCAUGCUGCAAAUUCCUUGAUCAUUUGUAGUCACAAAGUGUCCCCUCUGCCCAUUCUGAGGUAGGAGAAGCUUUAGGGUUUUAUUUUGUUUUCAACACUAGAGAACAAACGUGCAGCAAGAACGUCUCUCAACCUCAGAACUUUGAGAGGCUGGAGAACAUUCCACGGGUGCUAGAACUGGAGCAUACUCAUUCCUGACAGGCGUGGGCUUUAGGGUUCUGCGUCCAGUCACCCUCUACUGCCCUCUACUGCCAAGAUUCCAUCUCACACACACACACACACACUACUGCAAGCAUUCCCUCUUCCACACACACACACACACACACACACACACACACACACACACACAUUCACACACUACUGCAAGCAUUCCCUCUUCCACACAAACACACACAACUACUGCCUGCAGCCUGUCGUGUCAACAUUCCCCCCUUGCAGCGCUCCAAUACUGUGCUUUGUAGAGAGGGAGCAGUGGCUGAUGGGUAGUUGCUGACUCAUUCUGGAUCAGACACCAGCUGUGUUGGGAAGCCCUGAGCUCUGGGUAUGAGCAGCUCUCUCUACUUCCGUGUGUGUGUGUGUGUGUGUGUGUGUGUGUGUGUGUGAGAGACACGUCUCCUCAGAGUCUGUGCCUCGCUAUUGCUUGUCAGUUUUGGCUCAGAGAGUGUGAUGUGUGUGUGUGUGUGUGUGUGGGGGUGCAUUGGUGGCAUUGGUGCUGCUGUUCUACCUGAGGUCCGGAAUGACUUAUUAUGACACGGGCCGUUCACCCAGAAGCAAUAAGACCCACCGGUCCAGUCAGACUCGUGUUGGCCAAGCAGCCCAGUGGACACUGCAGGCCAGGCUAAAGGGCCCGUGGACACAUAGAGUUUGGGCUAAUGACUGGAACACCGUUGAUUUCUCAUAGAUGUUCAUGUGUCUUCUUCAGAGCCUGAUUUCUCAUAGACUUUCAUGUGUCUUGUUCAGAGCCUGAUUUCUCAUAGACUUUCAUGUGUCUUGUUCAGAGCCUGAUUUCUCAUAGACAUUCAUGUGUCUUGCUCCGAGCCUGGUGCUGUUAUAGUGGCAGAUGGAUCAUGUCUCUUUGAAAGCUGCUUGACGUGAGCGUCGGACUCUCGGGAUAUGUGGUGGUGAUGGCUGAUGUUCAACUGUAAUGGGUGUUUCCCUCCUGAUCUCGGUGUCAUGUGGACCAGGAAGCAUCAGGUUAACUAUAGGUCGACACUAGAUCUACAUUCCAUUGUUGUUAGUGUGGUGCUGCUGCUGUACAGAUGUUCACCAGCUUUCCUCCCUCAGACAUAUUUUCCCUCAUUGUAGAUCUCCUGUCCUGUCCCUCCUCCCAUACUGCUGGACACGUCUCCCAGAGGAGCAUUUUGGAACACUAAAGGGCCGUUCACACCAAGAACGAUAACGAUAACUAUAAACAAAUAUCGCUCUCGUUAAUAUGAAUGACAGCGUUCACACCUAAACUAUAACGAUAACGACAUGAAGAACAAUAUCGUUGUUGAUCACUUUCAGAGCGAUUUUGAGAACGGCCCUUAAGUAAGCACACAUAGCACACUAGGAAACCACAUAAUAGCACACUAGGAAAGCCCAUGUAGGGCCUUAGGAAAGCCCAUGAAGGUUACAAGGAAAGCACAUUUGGGAAAACCCAUGUAGGACUCUAGGAAAGGUCAUGUAGGAUACAAAGAAAGCACAUGUUGGAUACAAGGAAAGCCCAUGUAGGAAACUAACUCUGCUUAGCUAACUGCUGUCCUACAGGUUAAGGACACUGAAGGAACUUUAUGAAAAUGGCUUAAAUUAUCCACAAGGGGGCAGAGUUGUGAAGAGUCUGGAAAUGCCAGAGAGGUGCGGAGAGUUGUUAAAGCGCAAUACAAAGUGCACACCUAACAUUCAGCUGGAAUAUACACCACACCACACAUUUCUACUUCUUACCUGUAUCAUAUCAAUGUGUUAUCAGCAUAUAGAAAUGAUUAGAAAAUUAUGAAAAAAUGAAUGAUGUAAACAUGAAUGAGGAACUGUAUGUAUGGACCUAUACUCCACCAUGUUCGCCCCUCUCAGAGGUAAGGGUAGGUGAUGCGAGAUGUUUAACCUCUCAGAGGUAAGGGUAGUUGAUGCGAGAUGUUUAACACUAAUGCACAAACAGUUUUCAUUUUUAAUUUCGGUUGGAGGUUCUUCCAGAGUUCUGGCUCAGGCAGGGUAGAACUCCAGAGAGCGGCGGACUUAAGAGAGUACAUGUACUACCAUAUAUUGGUUCUACCUGCGCAGUAAAACAGGUGAUCUCACUAAUUAGCUGAUCCACCUGGCUGAAGAGUGGUGCUAACUGGAACUAUCACAGUGGUUUUAUUGCCUGAGGGUUUUCCCUGUUCCAGAUGUCCUUGGUCGAGGUCAAGAAGAUGGUGUAUGGUGGUGGGUUGUUCUUGAUCGAGGGUUGAGUCCCAGUGUGGAUGGAGGACGUGUGUGUGUGUGUGUGUGUGUGUGUGUGUGUGUGUGUGUGUGAGUAAAUAUGGCCUUAGGGGGAGGACUGGAUGCAUGUGGGGGGAGUCUGAGCUCUGGGUCCGUGGAUGUUACGUACGGCAUGUGCGCUCAUCUCACGAGGACCACUUAUGUGAUGUUUUUAUUUUUUAAUCUUUCACUUCAGUCUGAUCUUUCAGUUCAUCAGCACAAUCAGACAUUUUACAUGACCAAGACCCUCGCUUUGCUUAAUCAAUUUUCAAAUGAGAAACGAUCACUAUCACUUCUCAAGAUGGUAGAAACAAAAGAUUGUCAUUGUAGGUUGAUCUAGAGGUUUCUGUUUGUUUUCCAGGUUUUUAUUUUUUAAUCAGUUGUGUAAAUGGUGGCGAAGACCUCAGUCUUUCCACUGAGACGGUUGUGAGAAAUCCAGCAUGUAUUUAUUGCACUUUUGUGAUUUGGGUUUGUUGUCUUUCUUUUCUCGUGACUCCUAAAAGCUGUGAAUUUGUUUUUGUUUUUGUUUUGUUUUUCAUCGACACUGUACUGUCAAAGCAGAAUUGUACAUAUGUCACCAGCACAAGAAUGUUUUGUAGUUUCACAACAAAUAUAAAAAUGUUCUUUUCUUCUA